UCAGAGAGCGCCGUAACGACCGAAGCAGCAUUUUAAACUUGUACCGGAGACUGUUGUCAAAAGACAGGACAGGGUAACGCUGCAGCCACCGAGGGAGCAGUCUGGCGACUAAUUUCACGUCCACCUCAGACGCCGAAGAGCACCUUGGUCCAAAAUGAGUGCGGGUAUUCCGAAGCCGGCGAAUCCGUCGGCACACGUCGACCCGAAAUCGGCUCCUCUCAAAGAAAUCCCAGAUGUUCUGGUGGACCCACGCACCAUGAAAAGAUACACGAGGGGACGAUUCCUCGGGAAGGGUGGUUUCGCCAAAUGCUAUGAAAUCACAGACGUGGAGACGAAGCAGGUUUUCGCCGGAAAAAUCGUGCCCAAGUCCCUCAUCCUGAAGCAGCACCAGAGGGAGAAGAUGACCUCGGAAAUCGCCAUCCACAAGAGCCUCAACCACGCCAACAUCGUGGGGUUCCACGGGUUUUUCGAAGACGACGACUUUGUCUUUGUUGUCCUGGAAAUCUGCAGGAGAAGGUCCUUGUUGGAGCUGCAUAAGCGCCGCAAGGCCGUGACUGAGCCAGAGGCUCGCUAUUACAUGUCGCAGCUGCUCAAGGGCGUCCAGUACCUGCACAACAACAGAGUCAUCCACAGAGACCUGAAACUGGGCAACAUCUUCCUCAAUGAUGACAUGGAGGUCAAGAUAGGGGACUUUGGCCUGGCCACUAAGAUCGAGUUUGAUGGCGAGCGGAAGAAGACCUUGUGUGGUACGCCCAACUACAUCGCACCCGAAGUGCUUUGCAAGAAAGGCCACAGCUAUGAAGUGGACGUCUGGUCGCUUGGGUGUAUAUUGUACACUUUGCUGGUGGGUAAGCCCCCCUUCGAGACCUCCUGUCUGAAGGAGACCUACAACCGCAUCAAGAAAAACAACUACACCAUCCCCUGGCACAUCAACCCGGCCGCGUCCUCUCUGAUCAAGCGGAUGCUGCAUGCCGAUCCGGCCCAGAGGCCUACCAUCGCCGAGCUGCAAGUGGACGAGUUCUUCACAACUGGCUACAUCCCCUUACGCCUGCCCACUACAUGCCUCACUGUGCCCCCGCGGUUCUCCAUUGCCCCCUCCACCGCCAUGGAGCUCAGCCAGAGACGCCCCCUGACUGCUAUUAACAACAAGGCAGGGACAGAGAAGAUGGACGCUAAGGACGAGCUUGUGCAAAGGGAGGCUGACCCAUCAGAAUGCCACCUGAAAGACAUGCUGCAGCAGCUCAACAGUAUCAUUGCUGCCAAGCCCUCUGAGAAGGCAGUCAUACGCCAAGAGGAGGCCGAGGAUCCUGCAUGUAUCCCCAUCUUCUGGAUCAGCAAAUGGGUAGAUUACUCUGACAAAUAUGGAUUAGGCUACCAGCUCUGUGACAACAGCGUGGGCGUGCUGUUCAACGACUACACGCGUCUGAUCAUGUACGCGGACGGAGACAGUCUGCAGUACAUCGACAAGGCGGCGGCGGAGUCCUACCUCAGCGUGCGCUCCUAUCCCUCCGCCCUCAACAAGAAGAUAACGUUGCUGAAAUACUUCCGCAACUACAUGAGCGAGCACCUGCUGAAGGCCGGUGCGAACAUGGCACGGCGGGAAGGAGAUGAGCUGGCGAGGCUGCCUUAUCUCUCCCUCUGGUUCCGGACGAAGAGCGCCAUCGUCCUGCACCUCAGCAACGGCACCGUUCAGAUCAACUUCUUCCAGGACCACACCAAGCUGAUCCUGUGUCCGCUGAUGGCCGCAGUGACCUACAUCGACGAGAAGCGGGACUUCCGCACCUACAAGCUGUCCCUGCUGGAGGAGUUCGGCUGCAGCAAGGAGCUGGCCAGCCGCGUCCGCUACGCCAAGCUCAUGGUGGAGAAACUGCUGGACAGCAAACCCUCCACCGCCGCACAUUAGACCGCCCCCCCCCUCCGAAGUAUUCAAUCACCGUCUCUGUAUUUAGCCACCGGCCACUUCUUCCCUGUGUGCCCGCCUUUCAGGGGACAGGACAGACCAUUCAAUUCUCCAGUUUUUUUUUUUUUAUUGAAGGGUCGCAGUUUAAUGAUUUUUAAUGUCAUCUUUGAGAUGUACCAUGUAAAUUAAACUUCUAUGUGUUGUACAUGAAAGUUGAAUUUCAGUCCCUCAGCCAGUGAUUUUUUUUUUUUUUUUUAAAUCCUCUUUCCUUAUUAAUAGAAAAAUCACUCCAGCUCUUGUCUUAACUGUCUUGAUGAAGUUUACUCUCGACAAAAACGUUCCUGCUGUCGUAAUCUGGAUCGCUGACAGCACAGCGCACAAUUUGACCCCGUUGAAAAGAUGAACGUUUUGGUGUUCCCUGUGUUCAAAUUCGUCACCCAGAGGUUGACGCGUCCCUCCGCGACUCCCUCUGCUCAUGGUUUGUUUGCAUUUUGUUCAUGUACCUGUCACGCUUUAAAACCCAGAGCAGAGCGGACAAACGCGUGGUGGGGACUGGGCUGUGUGGACGGAAGAAGCUUCUCUGGUCUGCUUUUGUCUGUUUAUCUGUGUUUGUAGAGAAUUGGACCAUGUCAAUAAGUCUUCAUCAUGUACAUUCUGCCUGUAGUUUUACUCGUUAUGCUUUUUUUUUUUUUUUUUUAAGUCCUAUUUUAGAUGUCUUGUCUUUUUUCAACAAGAUGUACAAACUUGUACAUACUGCUGAAUAUAUGCAUAAAA